CUUAUUUCAAAUAACGAUUUGUCAUUGGUCCUUUCAUUUCACAGAUACAUUUGACAAAAUGUUUUUUUAAUUUCUACCGAAAGAAUUCAACCCAAUUUUUAUGUCAAGUUUGGAAAUUCUGAUGAAAUAAUUGUAACUGGUAUAGCAGAUACCAAUUCCUAUCUUAUUAUCGUAUACAGACCCCAAACUCACAAUGUUUCGACCCGUCUGCACAUUGAAUCAAAGAAUCUCAUUUGAGAGGAAAACCAAAGAAUUUAUCAGGACCAAAGUGGUUCGCCCCGCUUCUAUCUUGAAACCGGCAGAAAAGUUGAAACUCUAUAACAAGGAGAAUAAAGAAUUGUUCGGUCCCUUGUUAGAGACAAGCAAACAGAAGAAACAGCGUGUUCAGAAGGCUGCUAAAAAUAGAGCUUCACAUCAAAACAACAGCGCGACUGCUCCUAACGAAAAUACAUUGAAAUUCCAAGAAAGUACAGAGAGAAAUGGUUAUAGACCGAGUCAGACGCUGACCGGGUACUCCAAGUAUAACCCUGUGUUUGCUGUGAAUGUGUUAAAAUCCAAAAUGUGGCAGAAUACGAGGCAUUGUGUGAACUUUGUUGGUGUUGUCUUGAAUAAUACAGUGCGAGGUGUAGCCACUUCUGCAUCAUGUAAUGCAGCCCGUAGCUCUCCAGCGCAGCCUGGGUAUGCAAGCGAAGACAAAAUCCUUCAAAUUAAGCAGCAUAAGAAUGAUUUUGCUCAGCAGUACCCAUCUGUGACCCUGAUCUUGAACAAAACUAUGACUGAAGAAUCUAGGACUGCAUUGGAAAAAUGGAAGCAAGAAAGAAUAGCUGAAAUGGGUGAAGAGGAAUUUAACAAAUUCUAUGCAGCGCAAAUGGCAGUCGGUACCAAAUUCCAUAGCACAUUGAAGAACUACUUCACGCAGCCACAGACUCAACUACGCAUAGAGAAGGAAGUCGAAGGAGUUUGGGUGUCAGUCGCCGAUGUCCUCAAGAGCAUAUCAGCACCGAAAGCCAUUGAAUCAAAUGUGAUACACCCUGUGCUGAAAUACAGGGGGAUAUUUGAUGCUAUAGCUGAUUACGAAGAAAAACCAACACUAAUCGAAUGGAAGAAAUCGGAUAAACCGCGCAAAUCGAUAGCAAAUACUUACGACAAUCCCGUGCAACUGGCCGCAUACUUCGGCGCGGUUUGCCACGACCUGAACUACAAGCAUUUCAACGUGCGCGACGCUUUACUCGUCAUAGCAUACACGGAUGGAUCCAAGGCCGAUGUGUUCCAUCUCUCCCCGGACAAACUGAGGGAGCAUUGGGCGCAAUGGCUCAUCAGAUUAGAGGAGUACACGAAAAAGUUUGGCAAUGAUUCCGAAAAGAUGUUGAAAGGCGGGAAGAGGUUGUUCGAAGAGGAUAUCGGGAAUCUCCAGUAAGUUACGUGGAGCCGGAUAAGAAACCGAACAUGGAUAUAAUUUACCUAGUGACAAGUUUUGGUAAUUAUUACAACCCGCCUUAUCACAUGUUAUGUUUACACACACAUAAAUUAUAAAAAGGCAAUAUUAUAAGAAACUUAUCACCCAAGUGCAAAGCUUAUUGUCAAACUCUCACUUGGAAAAGUAUGUUAAACGAAUCAUUCUGAAUGUAGAUUUAGAGUAUUGUAAAGAAAAUUGUUAAUUGUUGAACUAAUUUCAGACUGGUUUUGCGUUUGUUGAUAACUUGGCUGGUCUCUGAUACUAUAGGUACUGAAAUACCGAAUAAAAAGCUAUGUUAUCAUACCUAUAGCUUAACUUCCUUGGAAGGAACCACACAUAAAAGUGUCUCUGAAAUCAAAGCAUGUGAAAAUCUUUGCAAACUCAGUUCUUAUUUUACACUAUUAGUCGAUGAACGAUUGCAAUGCAUAGGUCUUCUUCCUAAGUAAGUUUACAUCGACAGCUUGAGCCGGCAUUAAAUCGCAUCGCAUUAAACGUCAAUAAUCGGAUUUGUUGCGUUAAAUAUUGAUUUUGCCGUGUAUUUAUAAACUGGCUGACAGUUGUGCAGAAAACAAAGAAAAAAUAUAGAAGAAUCGAUUUUUUUUUCUUGUUCCAAAUUUGAAACAAAAACGAACUGAAAAUAGAGCAAUGUACGGGGCAUGUCACAAAUAUUCUGGCCCAUUUAAUUUGUACAUGUGACAUAGUUGGCUUAAUGCCUAUUUCUAUUGAAAACGUAUUAGUCGACGACGCCGUCAACGGCCUGACAUAGCUCUUAUGAAUGAUUCGUGUAUUCUUACAUCAGAAAGAAAGUUACCGAACAUAAGUCAAACUUAAUAUUUAAUAAAAGAAACAAGGCAAAUUUUUGUUAACUUUGGAUCAGUAGAAAUAACCAUCAAAAUAGCUAAAAACAUCCCUAUUAAACUAGCUUUCAAUCCUGUUCAUCUGUUUAUUGGUUAUAAUGUCGUAGAUAGACAUAAAGGAAAGCAUUAUCAGUCUGAAAUUAGUAGGUUAUUAAAGUAAUUCGGCUAGAACUGUUUGUUUGGGUAUGUUCUUGUAUGUAUGUAUAACAUAAAGACUGGAUAUGUGUCGAAUGCUUUUCACCUUCAUAGAAAUUACUGUAGAUAUACCACGAUCAGAAAUAUACGAAAAAGCUGCUAUAAGCAUGUAAAAAUUAAAUACUGUUCAUUUCUGAUUUAUGCCCAAAUAAAAAGCCAUGAUUUCUCUGUGGUCAAUCUGCAGUAAUUCUACUUCUCAUUAGCAUCUAUUCACAUUAAUUAUAUAGUUUAGUUUAUAUAACUUAUAAUCACAAUUAAUGUAUCUUGAAUUUUCUUGAUUUAGCAUCUUAUAGUUCCUUCAAGCAUUUUGGCGAAGAAAGCUUGAAGGUCUUCAGUAUCACAAUGUGUUAAUAUAUGUGUAAUACUGUUAUAUUAAAUUUUAGGUCGUGACCGAACGAAAUAUUCUUUAAUUGGGACUUUUUUCUUUUUCCCUUAUUCUUGUUAGUUUUCGUACGGUCACGCCCUCUUAUGUUAGUCUCAAUACGAGUACAGUUUCUCGAUUCAGAACUUAUCGAUGGACCCUAAUGGAUUCCGAUUUGGUCUGCGGCAGGGAUGAUAUGACGUUUGGUUCGAUGCAACAUCGAUACUACUAUUUAGUUUUAAAGUUUAUUCAUAAGCGCUGUUUUUGAAAAUCGAAUCGAAAGUCAUAUGAGUGUUGUCUCUAUUCUGAAUCGAGGAUUGUUUCUGCCAUUUUGAUUUGUAUUCUCAUUAUCAACAAAUCUCUGUAUUCUGUUUUAAAAGAGGCAAACAUAUUAUCGAUUUAACGGUCUCGAUACAACACGCUCGAAUGGAAUUUUUAGUACAUUCUUUGCCGAAUUUCUUUCCCGAGAAUAUACAAGCCUUGAUCUACUUAGAUUUAUCCUUAAUUGCCAAAAACUGAGUUUAGUACUAGUCCAAUAUUGGUACAAAUUGUGUUCAAUUUACUAGAAACCCUUACUGAAUAUUGUAUAGUAUAUUUUUAUUCUUUGGCCUCAAAGGUUUGUAUGUUAUUUCUAGGAAGAUUUUACUACCACUAUAUUUUUUCUUAUUAGUGGAAUAAAAUGCUUCGUAAAUCAUUUUGAAAUGUUUUACUGUAGUUUUUUAAUUAUAUUUUUUGUUCUUAACGGGGCUGAAGUAGCGAUGCCAGAAAUAUGUUCAAGAUGAAGCUUUCUUAACAUAAUAUUUAAACAGCAUUUAUUACUUUUAUGCCCUUCCAGAAAAAUGACGUUAAGUUUUUAUUGUGUUUCUAGAAUUGCCUUACGAAGAAUUGUAUCUUUGUACCUACUAUUAGUUUCAUAACUCUGUGUAUAUUGUUGUGUAACAUUUGAAUAAUAUAAUAUUAGUUUUUUUUAACAUUUCUUCGUGAUAAAUUACUUGCUUCAUAUUUUGUCAACUGUUUGAAGGAGGAAAUAUAUGUAUCUAUUGUAUUUCUAGGUAGGUCUAUAUUUAAUUUUGUAUAAUUAUAUGCGUUCUUUUAUACUUUGACUGCUUCUAAUACUUAGCCGUCUAAAGUAAGGUCUGAAUUAAGUAUGUAUCACUGUAAUUCACUGAUAUUAAAUAACCUAGAAUUUA